AUGACUGAACUGGAUGAUCGUUACGAACGAGGACUGGAAACACGGAGAAUGUUUGGCGGCGGCCAAAUCACCCCCGGGGGCCCUACGCCUGCAUGGGAAAUCGCGCCGGACCUGGAAAGGAUCCUGGGUGAGGCGCUCUUCGGCACCAUCUGGAAGCGGCCGGCGCUGACCCCGGUGCAGCGGGAAAUGGUCACGCUGUCGUGCCUCGUAGUGAUGAACCGCGAGGUACAGCUGAAGCGGCACUUGGGCAACGCGCUGAAUGUGGGGUUGACGCCGGAACAGAUCGUGGAGUUGAUCAUUCACGACACCUGGUACAGUGGAGCGCCGGCGGGCAUCCAGGCGCUGGCACUGUGCAAAGCGGUUUUCGAGGAGCGCAGGAUAGACUUCACGCCGGCCCGCAUCCACGAUUCCAACGAAGAUCCCGACAGCCUGUUCCAGCGGGGGGACGAGUACCGGCGGAACUACAUGGGGACCACCUCCCCGGCCCGUCCGGCUCCGCCGACUCAGGCUGAAAGGGAACUGGGGCGCACUACCGGCGAAUACUACUGGGGUGCGACCUGGACGCGACCGGGGCUUGAUCUUCCUUCCCGUUGCAUCUGCACGAUGUCAUGCCUAGCGGCGCUGGGCCGCGAGGGGCCGCUGCGGAGCCACAUCCGGGGCGCGCUGAACAUCGGCUUUACGCAGGACCAGGUCAUCGAGGUGUUCGGCCACAUGACGCUCUACGCCGGGAUACCGUUUGCCAGGGGCGCGAUGGACAUUGCCAACGAGAUUUUCGCCAGCGCCUGACGAUGCCGCCGCGUGCGUAGAAAGGUGAUGAAGGGCUGAUUUGCAACCGGCAGUUUUCGGGGACUCCGACCCUGGGUCCCCAGGAAAUCUACCGCACAAUGGUGUAACUGGAUGCAGCAGCCCUUUUCAAUAACUGGCUUUGAACGCACUGCCAAGAGACGUCAAGAAAUCUUCCGAGAUGAGUCCCAGACCGUCAGCUCCGCGGGAAGACAUCCAAAAGACGAUAUAGGAAUGCGCAAUGCUCAUCUCUUGGCCUUGGGACACGAGGAGGAGAACCUCUUCCCAAGCAUCCGGGGCAUGGGCGGAGCCGUCGACUUCUUCGGUCAGCGCAACAUCAAGUGGUGGAAGAGCACCAGAAGCGGCGACGACACCACGGUAGACGGCCCAACCCGGAACAUGGCAAGCUCCCAGGUGGCCUG